AUGCCAGUUCAACAAAGAGACCUUUUCUCAGAUAUUAACAACAUCGUUAGUGCCGGUGUUGGUGUCGCCAAUACAGUUGCUUCAAUUGGUGAAAAUGUUUAUGUCACCUUGACUUCUGAUGCUGUUGGUAAUUGGCAUAAAGCCACAUCUGGUGUGGUUGUGGAAUUCAACACUGUCACUUCUAAAGGUGCACAAGAAUUCCAUGUGGUGACAAGUUUAGCUGAUGGUAAAUUCUCAACAAUCACAAGAGGUGUGGUAUCAAAUUGGGGUGAUUUUACUAGUGAGGUUGAAUCCAAAAAAGACUCCUUAACUGCCGCAGCUGCUGCUGCCAGUGAAAGUGCUGCUACCACAACAGGAACGGAAACUGCAAGCACUGAUUCAGCUUCCGGUAGAGCUUCUGGUUCCAGCUCAGCUUCUGGUUCAGCUGCAUCUAACGAUUCUUCCUCAACUACUGCUGCUUCUUCUUCAUCGACUCGUUCAGGAAGUAGUUCUUCGUCUUCUACUGCCACUUCAAGUAGAAGUUCCUCAUCAUCUAGCUCAACCGCAAGUGGUAAUGCUGCACCAGCAGUUUACCAACCAGGUAGCUGGAAAAAAACGGCAGUUGUUGGUGGUUUAAUUGGCUUGUCGUUUUUCUUGAGCUUAGCUUGA